AUGGGUGAUCAUCGAAUGGUGUUUGCACUGACCGUUUCCAUCUGUGGCGUGUUCACGAGCGUGCACGGGCUGCUGAAUGUCAGCUUGGUGGCUGUUUCUUAUAGGGCGCCCAUCGGGUUCGGCUCGCUGGUGUAUCAGGGACCCUCGUUAUCCGUAGCUACGGAAUAUGUUUCCAGCAAGUACAAUAGGAGCAUGCGCUUCAGUCUGACCAUUUUAUCCGAUCCGGUGCGGACAACCUGUGCGGAUUUGAAUGAUAAUGCCGUUAGAAUGGUCUCGGAAUGGCACUAUCGGCAGCGGAAGGAGAGCGACCUUACCGUCUACAUCUUACCCGCAUGCAUCGAAGAAACCGAAAUGCCGUAUUUUCACUCGCAAUGGAACAACAUAUGGAUUUCUACGACGUCCGUCAGUCCGCAAAUCCGCAAUCGCCAACUGUAUCCCACCUGGAUCGCCACCAACUACUUCUCCUUAUCGCAGUGCUCGCAGCUGUACGUGGCACUUCUCAACAAAUACUCGUGGACGACGCUGUUCGUCGUGAUCGACACCGCAUCGCCGCCGUUUUACAACGCGCUAGCGACAGCAGUGCUCACUGAUCUCCGGAAGGAGCGCAGUGUAUGCGUCACGGUGCGCAAAAUCGCCACGACGCCGGGAAUUUCUUAUGGACAAUUUGAAACGAUUUUGGAUGAUUUCCGUCAAGCCAGCCGAGUUUUGCUGUACUUCGGUCACGCGGCAUUUUUACGCGAGUUUCUGGUCUAUAUUGCUGCGGAAAGUAUGGAAAAUAAAAUGCUGGGGCGUCUUCACUGGCGCUAUAACGACAGCAAUGACGAGAUCGCUUUUCAAGCAUUCCAAUCGCUUUUGGUCGUUCGUCCGCUCAAUAUCUACGAUGCUCCCAUCCCGACGCUCGGAAGGGAAUUUGUUAAACGAUCGCAGAGAGAUUAUAAUUUUACCUAUUCGCUUGUGGAUCAGCCGUUCAUCACGCUGGUGGACACGUACCUGGCAGUCACAAGUAUUUCCCAAGCCGUGAAUGAUUCUCUAUCGGCUGGAGAAAAUCCAGCUAAUUUGACCGGUACCACGUUGGUCAAGUACGUUUUAAACCGAACCUUCACGGAUGACAACGGGGGCGGCACCAUCUACGUGGAUGGCAACGGACAACGGCGGGCUGAUUUCACCAUAUCGUACUUCACAUCGGCCGGCAGCCGUGAACCAUUUAUGCAAAAACUCGGAAAAUCCGAUGAGCUGACAGAGGUCACCCGCUUGACAGUAUGGGCUAACGCGACCUUUCCGCCACCGAACGAGCCGUUGUGUGGCUACAUGAAUCAGAAGAAAGUCUGCCAACCAGAGCGUGACACUCGACGGAUACAGAACACAGCAAUUAGCGUGAUCGGAGCAUUGGUAAUUGUCGCGGUCGCAAUAGCGGUCUACAUUAGGAAAGAAAAGUGGAAACCCAUGGAUCUCAUAUUGCACGAUACUUGGUGGCAGGUGACCAUUGCCAUCAUUCCCGGUGUAAAUCACCACCAAUCAUCCAUCUCGGCAUUUUUCGCUCCUCGAAAAGAAAACACUGCAUACGACGGCGCCCUGAACAAGAAGACAUGCGACGGGGCGGAAAAUACUGCCCACUCGCUGGAGGGUUCCCCUAAAGCUUUUACCAUGUACCGGGGAAAAGGAGUCCGGUCAGUGAAAAUCUGUCAGCGCGAUUACACUAUAACCUUUCCAGAAAUGUCCACACAGCACAGUCUGUUGGUUCUUCUACGAAAGUUCUACAGACUGGAACAUCCAAAUCUUUGCCAGUUCUUGGGAUUAGCCAUAACCAAGAGCGAAUUGGAUGUCUACACGGUCUGCGCCGUUACGGAGUGUCCGCCGCGUGGCACACUGCGCGAUAUACACAGCAGUCUGGUCACGAGAGAUUUUGCUUUUAUUAGUUCGCUCAUUGUCGAUUAUCUUGAGGCGUUGUGCUUCCUGCACCAGUCUCCGUUGUGCUAUCACGGUCGCAUCUCACCGUUGGCCUGCUGGAUUGAUAAGCACUUCACACUGAAAGUGACCAAUCACGGAUUCGACCGAUUAAGCGCUGUUCUGUGUACCCAGUGCGAGAACAUGGAGCCAAUCAGCCACUGCGAACUGACUGAGCCGCUGUAUUGGCUGACGCCGGAGAAGCCGAAUCCCAAUCAUCCUAAAGCCAUGCAAGCAGUGGAUGUGUUUUCGUCGGGGUUUAUCAUUUACGAGAUGCUCAGCAACGCAGCGUUGUUCCACAAGUUCAUCGUACUAUCUAAAGAUGAUUUGUACGCGUUAAUCUCCCGUAAAGGAAAUGUUUGUCAUGGUGCUGUGCAGUUCAAGGAUUUUCCGGCUUUCGAAAGUGUGCUGCGGACGUGUUGGCUUGCCGAUCCACAGCAGCGACCCAGCAUGCCGCGUCUGCGGUCGAGCAUCGCCGAAAUUUCGCCGUUGCUCACGCUCGACCGGAAUAAUUUAAUAGAUAAAAUCUACAAUCGCCUCUCGGAUUAUGCCGAAGACUUGGAAAGUCUGGUGGCAGUGCGGACGAACAUUCUGCAGGAAGAGAUGAGCAAAUGUGAUGACAUUAUUAGCCAAUUUUUACCACGGUCGAUUGUCAAGCAGUUGCGUGUGGGCCGUGGCGUGAUGCCGGAGCUGUUCGAGUCGGUGACGGUGAUGUUUACUGACUUGUCGGGAUUUGUUGAUUUUGUCGAGGCAAACAGUCCUGAGAGUACGAUCAGUCUGAUCGGCGAUAUGGAAGCCUGGUUCGAUCGGCUGACGACGCGAUACGAUGUGUUCAAAGUGGAAGCUGUUGCCAGUGGUUUACCAGAAAGAAUCGCCAAGGACCACAUUCAACGCAUUGCUUUUUUUGCCGUAAAACUGAUGGAAGCCGAGUCGCAGAUGACCUUUCUGAAAACACUGCGGUUCAAGGUUGGAUUGCAUUCUGGCCCAUGCGCGACGGGAGUUGUGGGUUUGCGAAGACUGCGCUACUGCCUAUUUGGUGACACGGUGAAUUUAGCCUCCCGGAUGUGCAGUCACGGUCUUCCGGGACGUAUACACAUCAGCCAUGAAUCUAAAGUAUUACUGGAAGAGUUUCCUGAGUACAGGGUUGAGUGUCGAGGAACACAGGCCAUUAAAGGGACCCUCGAGAUGACAACGUACUGGUUAACGGGAUUCUCUGGGCCGCUGCGAUAG